GCGACUCGGCCAUCAUGUCGACACCUCAGAGCUCCAUGCGCCAACGCGGGCCCAAGGAUCGAUCACGCCCGCAAACGCCCAGUAAAGAGGCUUUGAAUGGCAAGAUUCACGAGACGUGGGACAGUGUCAAGAGCACGGCCAGAGAGGCGCAGAAGAGCGAUAUCGAUCACAAGAUUGCUUUCUCAAUCAUCACCAUUCUCGGCUUCCUGACGCGCUUCUGGGGCAUCUCGCAUCCAGACCAGGUUGUGUUCGACGAGGUGCAUUUCGGGAAGUUCGCAUCCUACUACCUCCAACGAAGCUACUUCUUCGAUGUCCAUCCCCCAUUCGGCAAGCUCCUGUUCGCGUUUGCAGGAUGGCUCGUUGGCUACGAUGGCAGCUUUCUCUUCGAAAACAUCGGCGACUCAUACAUCGAUAAUCACGUCCCUUACGUUGCAUACCGAGCGAUGCCCGCACUCAUGGGAGCUUUGACUGUCUCCGUCUCCUAUCUGAUCAUGUGGGAGUCUGGCUACAGCCUUCCCGCAUCCAUCCUCGCAGCCUCACUCGUCCUCUUCGAUAAUGCACACGUCGGCCAGACCAGGCUGAUUCUCCUUGACGCGACACUCGUCCUUUUCAUGGCACUGAGCGUGCUCUGCUAUAUCCGCUUUUACAAGCUACGACACGUUCCAUUCGGAAGGAAAUGGUGGAAGUGGCUGCUUCUCACUGGUAUCUGCAUGAGCUGCGUCAUUAGCACGAAAUACGUCGGAGCUUUCACAUUCUUCAGUAUCGGUGUACCCGUUCUGAUCGAUCUCUGGGAUCUGCUCGACGUCAACCGCAAGCAGGGAGCACUCUCUCUUCCAUUGUUCGGAAAGCAUCUCGCCGCGAGAGUUACUGGUCUGAUCGCCGUGCCAUUCCUGAUGUACCUUUUCUGGUUCCAGGUGCACUUUGCCAUUUUGUCAAGAUCUGGUCCAGGAGACGAUUUCAUGACUCCCGAGUUCCAGGAAACUCUUUCGGAUAAUUUGAUGGCGCAAAAGGCUAUUGGAAUCGACUUCUUUGAUGCCAUUUCCAUGCGUCACAAGGACACCAAGGUUUACCUGCACUCGCACCCUGACAGGUAUCCGCUGCGAUAUGAGGAUGGUCGUGUAUCUUCCCAAGGACAGCAGGUGACCGGAUACCCGCACAACGAUACAAACAACCUUUGGCAGAUCAUUCCAGCUCGUCCCAUGGACGGCCUGGGACAUCCUGUCAAGAACCACGACAUUGUACGUUUCAGACAUGUGGUUACCGAUACCUGGCUCUUGACCCACGAUGUCGCUUCGCCAUACUACCCAACGAACCAGGAGUUCACCACAGUGCCAGCCGACCAAGCCAAUGGCGAUCGCUUCAAUGACACAUGCUUUGAGAUCAAGAUUGACAAUGGCAAGGAUGGUCAGGAGUUUAGGACGCUGUCUUCGCACUUCAAGCUCAUCCAUGUCCCAACAAAGGUCGCCAUGUGGACUCACACCACUCCCCUGCCAGACUGGGCUUAUAAGCAAGCUGAGAUCAACGGCAACAAGAACGCUCUUCAACCUUCCAACACCUGGUAUGUUGAGGAUAUUCAAGGCAUUCCGGAAGACUCUCCUCGCCUUGUGAAGCAGGUACGAAAGCCGAAGAGCAUGCCAUUCCUCAAGAAAUACCUCGAGUUGCAGCGUGCCAUGUUCUAUCACAACAACGCCCUCACCUCCAGCCACCCAUACGCGUCGUUCCCCGUCCAAUGGCCUUUCCUGCUCCGAGGUGUGAGCUUCUGGACUGAAAGCGCGACCAAACGUCAAAUCUACUUCAUGGGUAACCCGAUCGGGUGGUGGUUUUCAUCAGCACUCUUAGCAGUCUUUGCAGGUAUUAUCUUCGCAGACCAGCUCUCUGUGCGCCGUGGCAUCGAUGCUCUCGACAGACGCACCCGAUCCCGCCUCUACAACAGCACAGGCUUCUUCUUCCUAAUCUGGGCAGCUCACUACUUCCCCUUCUUCAUCAUGGGCCGCCAACUCUUCCUCCACCACUACCUCCCAGCACACCUGGCCUCCUGCCUCGUCGCAGGCGCAAUCAUCGAAUUCAUCUUCAACAUCGAACCCCAAGAAGUCCAAAACCUCGUCUCAGGCCAACCAAUCGUCGACGGCAAAAAAGGAAGCAGAGCGCAGGCCGUUCAACGUUUCUCCAAGCCUAUCCGUGAAAGAAUUGCCGGUCAAACUCUCCUCGCUACAUGGGCAGCUACGGGUGUCGUGGUUUCUGUCGUGGUCUGGAGUUUUUGGUUUUUCAGUCCUUUGACCUAUGGAAAACCUGGAUUGAAUGUUGAUCAGGUUUUGGCCAGGAAGUGGUUGAAUUAUGAUUUCCAUUUUGCCAAGUAAAGGAAGAAGAGCAAUCGAUGGGGAUGCUGGAUGAGAGCAAAAACGACAGUUGUGGUGUGAUGAUUAUGGAGUCAAGUCAGUUGAGGGAAAGGCAUAUUCGGCGGCGUUUAGCGCGAAACGGCUGAACGGAUACGAUAAUAACAGCGAAACAACAGUAAGCUUUAAUAGAGUCUGAAACUAGGCAUUUCUCAAGUAGAGAAAACCGCACUGAAAAAAAACAUUAUUAAUU